GAUCGGGGCUGGUUUGAGCUGGUGUGUUGUCAUGGAGACGAGGACGGGCCUAUAAAUACAGGCUCUGCGGCGCUCUCAAGGCUUUGUCAGGCGAAGACGCUGAAGCGGCCACAGCAGCAGCAGCAGCUGCUAUCCUGCGCGGCGGUGGGCGGCGACCAGCUCCGGCCCCUUCUCGGAUAGUAGCCGGUGGUUUCCAAGACCAGGGAGCGUGACGGGACAGGCUAACCCGCCCGUUGAUCCCCACCGGCUGCCGCGCAGGGUAGAAGAGGCUGCUGCUGCUGUCGCUGAAGAACAAGAAGCUGCUGCCGCCGCUACAACACACUGAGUUUUUCAUUGAAAAUCUCUUUGGUGCCAUAACUGAACAUCAAGCAAGAUGAAUGACUUCAGUGGUGAAGAAUUCAAUUUUACUUUCCUUGAUGAAGGCUUUACUGCAAAGGAUAUUGUAGACCAAAAAAUAAAUGAAGUUUCUUCCUCAGAUGACAAAGAUGCAUUUUAUGUUGCUGACCUUGGGGAUAUUCUCAAAAAACAUUUGCGAUGGUACAAAGCCCUCCCUAGGGUAUCUCCUUUCUAUGCCGUCAAAUGUAAUGACAGCAUAGCUAUAGUGAAGACUCUGGCUGCUCUUGGGGCAGGAUUUGAUUGUGCCAGUAAAACUGAAAUACAGCUGGUCCAGAGUGCUGGUGUGCCUCCAGAGCGUAUAAUAUAUGCAAAUCCAUGCAAGCAAGUCUCUCAAAUUAAGCAUGCUGCAAAUAAUGGUGUGCAGAUGAUGACUUUUGAUAGUGAAGUUGAGCUGAUGAAAGUUGCAAGAGCCCAUCCAAAAGCAAAGCUGGUCUUGCGCAUUGCAACAGAUGACUCAAAGGCAAUUUGCCGCCUGAGUGUUAAGUUUGGAGCCACACUAAAAACCAGCAGGUUGCUGCUUGAGCGAGCGAAAGAGCUUGAUAUUGAUGUUAUCGGAGUCAGUUUCCAUGUUGGAAGUGGCUGUACAGAUCCUGAGACAUUUGUGCAAGCUAUUUCUGAUGCCCGUUGUGUCUUUGAUAUGGGAGCUGAGCUUGGUUUCAACAUGUACCUGCUUGAUAUUGGUGGUGGUUUCCCUGGCUCUGAAGAUGUAAAACUUAAGUUUGAAGAGAUAACAAAUGUAAUCAAUCCGGCUUUGGACAAGUAUUUUCCUUCUGAUUCUGGAGUGAGAAUUAUUGCGGAGCCUGGCAGAUACUAUGUUGCAUCAGCUUUUACACUGGCUGUUAACGUAAUUGCAAAGAAAGUUGUAAUAAAGGAGCAAACUGGAUCUGAUGAUGAAGAAGAACCAAAUGACAAAACUCUUAUGUACUAUGUAAAUGAUGGGGUAUAUGGAUCUUUUAACUGCAUCCUGUAUGAUCAUGCACAUGUUAAACCAGUUUUGCAAAAGAGACCUAAGCCAGAUGAAAGAUACUAUUCCUGCAGCAUAUGGGGACCAACCUGUGAUGGCCUGGAUCGCAUUGUUGAGCGCUGUGGGCUGCCAGAAUUGCAGGUUGGGGAUUGGAUGCUGUUUGAAAACAUGGGUGCCUACACUGUGGCAGCCGCUUCUACUUUCAAUGGAUUCCAGAGGCCAACAAUACACUAUGUGAUGUCAAGGCCAGCGUGGCAAUUGAUGGAACAGAUAAAGGAGCAAGGUUUUCAAGCUGAGGUGGAAGAGCAGGAUGUCACUUUGCCACUGUCUUGUGCCUGGGAAAGUGGGAUUGAACACUGUCCAGCAGCUUGUGCUUCAGCUAGCAUUAAUGUAUAGAUACAGUUUUGUCUAACAUGCAAGGUUAGGAAUGGAUUUUUGGGGCUUUGGGGACCAUUAACUUAAUUUUUGCUAGAAUUUUUAAUUGUUUUGAAAGGCCGGGGUGGCGUAAAUGUAAUGGAAUAGACAACUAGGAGACAGGAUGGUCACAUUUAUCUGUGUUCCUAUGGAAACUAUUUGAAUAUUGUUUUAUAUGGAUUUUUAUUCACUUCUCAAGUAUGCUACUAAAACUGAUCCUUGACUGUCAAGCAAGCAUUUGUAGCUUGUGUAACUGGCAGAAUGGUCUGGACGUAGUAUUGUGACCUGACUGUUUUACAAUAAAGUCUAUUGAAAUAA